CUUCGCUCGUACUCCAUGGAUUCAUUCAUAAGACAAGACUCGCUUCUGUGGGCUGAGACUCUAUAUCGCUGAUCAGUUUACCCAUAGUGGACUUUUACAUGGAUCUAUAAUUGCACAUUGGAGAAACGGACAAAGGACAUAUUUUCGCGGACUCUGAAUUGGAUCAAUGAGUUUUUAAAAUCCGGAACGUAAGGAGUUUCCUUAGCAGGGAACUGGAUUUCCUUCUUCAUGCAACUUUUUUGGAAAGAGACCAAGAGCAUCUUACCGGAGCACAAUAAGGAAUACAUUAACGGUGACAUCACACUCAUUCCGGAAACUGUAGGUUUCUCACUCGGCUCCUCCGGGGUAAUGUUCCAAGGGUUCCCCGCUGACUUUGAUACCAUCUCCCGUGGAAGUUCGUCCCCGUCUUUUGAGUCUCAGUACCUUUCCUCCGUGGACUCCUUCGGGAGCCCGCCGGCCAGUGCCUCACAGGAUUGUGUGUCUGCUGGAGGCGGGGAAGGGGUAGGCAGUGGUUCUGGGGGCAGCAGUGGAGGAGUAGACAUGCCAGGCUCCUUUGUGCCCACAGUCACAGCCAUCACCAGCAGCCAGGACCUGCAGUGGAUGGUGCAGCCAACUCUCAUCUCGUCCCAGGCCUCUGGUCAGAGUGAGACGGGAACCUCUACUAUGACCCAGUCUGUGUCCCUGGUAGACCCUUAUGAUCUGCCAGGGCCCAGUUAUUCCUCUGGCUCAGGCUUUACUCCCGCAGGCUCUGAGACCCCGGGGCCAGCCCCGGGCCCCAUCCGCCAGUCUAGGACCCGUAGUCGCCGUGUACGAGACGAGUCUGUGAGUGACGAUGGAGAUGUUGGUGUGUUUUUGACUCCAGAGGAGCAAGAGAAGAGGCGUGUUCGACGCGAGAGGAACAAGCUGGCAGCCGCCAAAUGCCGAAACCGCCGGCGCGAACUCACUGACAGACUGCAAGGGGAGACCGACAUCCUGGAGGAGGAGAAGUCUGAGCUGGAGGCUGAGAUCUCUGAGCUGCAGAAGGAGAAGGAGCGCCUGGAGUUUGUCCUGGUGGCUCACCAGCCCAGCUGCAAGAUCCCCUACCAGGAGCAGCAGGCCUCAGGCUCCACACAGCUCCAGCAUCAGCCCCCACUGCCCCAACAGGCUCCCGUCUCCAUCGUGGGCUUGACUGUGGAGGACACUUUCUACCUGCCUCCUGCCUACUCCUCACAGCCUUCUACUUCACAGCAACAACAGCAGCAGGUUCAACAGCAGCAACAGGUUCAACCGCAGCCGGGGAUGAUGCAGGAGGUAGCGUUUUCUAGUUCUUUCUAUGGCUCAAGCGAGCCUGCGCCGGGUGGGCCGUGCCUGGUGGCCGACGGUGGGGGUGGUGGUCACUAUGAUGGCGCGGCCGCUGGCAGCUACAACCCUUCAUACACAUCUUCAUUUGUGUUCAGCUACCCAGAGGGAGCCUGCGGGGUCAGCGCUAACCAGAGAAACAGCAGCAGCGAGCAGUCCUCUGAUUCCCUGAACUCGGCCUCGCUGCUCGCGCUGUGACUGACCGACAGACACACACACCACACGCACACACACACACGCCCCUAUGUCAAUCACUUAUAUACGGCAAAAAACAGUUGCUCAUGGUAGAUGAGGUCAACAACAUGGAUAAACAUACAUUAUAUAAUGAGCCAUACAAACUCACACACAUUCAGACCAAGUAAACAAGAAAUCAAGCAAAGUUUGACCACAUAGCAUUCAGUGCACACCGUUGUCCUUAUGAGGUAACCAAACGUAACUAAUCAAGUAUUUAAAGUGAAUUCAAAUUGAGUCUAAAACUCUGGGCUCUGAGUUGUCAGUUGAUCUGUGAAACAUCCUCUGACAUCAUACCCGGCUUAAUUCACAAUGAAUCUUUCAACGUCUUGUGACGUGCACGUACAGUGCACACAGUAAAUAGCAACAUGCUCACCUGCGAUCCCACAAGCACACUUAUCCUCCCCUUCGUUCCCUCUGUCGGUCAUCCCUCUCUCACUGCUCCUGCUCUCAUCUUCUUCAUCCCGCUCUUCAUGCUGAAUGUAUUUGUGCAAGCAGAAAUAGGGCAGAAGGACUUAGGUUUGGGUCUUCUUUUGUGAGGCCAGACUGCUGAGCUCUUGCUCUCCCCUCCCGCCUUCCUCAUCCUCUCGGUUCCUCUUGCUUCUUCGUCAUUAGUUGUGACUUGGAAAGGGGAGGGCGUCACAGCCUCCAGCUAUUUGGCUCUUUCUCUUUUUAUCCUGCCGUCUACUCUUCGUCCAUCUCUCCAUCUUUGUUUCUCUCCUCUGUCUCUCCCUCUCUCUGUCUCUUUGAAGUCUUCGAACCCUGAGAGCACGCCGAGCCCUUCCAGACCCUGGGACCUUGACUGAGCGCCGGCCCACCUCACACGUCCCCCACAUGGACACGGACGCACCCCCCACUGAGGAGCCCUGGAGUGUUUCGCUCAAAGUAGACCUUUAAAAAAACAAAAGCAAAAAAAACACACAUUGAAAAGGACACAAAAUAGGAUGGACACAAAUGCAAAAGGGUGUCACUCUUUUCAUUCUUCUCCUGAGCCAUUGUUGGAUGUUGAAACGAUGGAGAUUAAAUGAGACUUGUGUUGUGACGGUGAGAUGAGGACGGCAGGAGAGUGAGAGAAGAGGCUUUAGCCGAGGUAGAGGUCUAGAGGGAGAGCUGAAACUUUGGCAGAGACAGAGGAUGAGCCCCCUGUACUCUUAAGCCUAAAUUGAAUUUUAAAAAGCCAAAACAAAUCCAGCUCUUGCCAACUGUGUGUAUGGUUUACCUCUUACCGGCAUAGUACCACCACCAUACUGCAAAGUCUCUUCAUCCUGGGUCCACACAAAUACUCAUACCGUCGCGUUCAAGCAUCUGAAUUGUCCUCCAUUCGUUACUGAUACUAUUGUGUACAAUGUUCUUCCCCCCUCCUUUAUCACCAAGUAUUUUCUGUUGUUGUUUUUAAGUCUUACCUUUGACAGAGAAAAUGUAAUGAGAAAAAAAAACAUUGAGAGAUGUAUGUCCUUUUGUUAAAGAGCUUUUGUCAGACAUGAGUCUAUUGGUAUCAGAUGUGAACCAUUGUUUUUAAAACGAUACUUUAAAAGGAAUAUUCAACCAACCUCUGAACAUUGGGAUGAGUGGCCUCUGUUCCUCUCCUAGUGGGAGGGGCAUUUAUUGUGAGUGUAUCUCACUCUGAGCCACUUGGCCCGCUUAUUUAUUUCUUGAUUGAGGUUGACACGAUGUUAGAGCACAAUACAGAGCCGGACACACAGAGGAGACAAGAGGAGGGGGUGUUUAUGAGUAUGUGUUCUUCAUUUGCCUGUGAAUUGGUUCCUUUUAUUUUCAAGUGUCAUUUGUUAUGUUUUAUGUAUUUUUUUGUUGUUGCUUUGUCCUCCGCUCUAACCUGUGUCGCCACUGCCAGACAUUUUUGUUCUUUCAGGGGAGGUUUUCCCCUUAAUGUUACUAUUAUUAUUGCAUUGUGUUAUUAUUUGAUUUUUUAUAUUAGGUUUGGCAACUUCAGAGGCAUGUGCACUAUAUAUUUUUUUUUAUAUGUGUCAAAAGUAUACUUAAAAGCAUAUGCAUAUACAUACAGAAGAUGUGUAUAUUUAAGUGUAUGUACAAUGAUUGUAAAGUAUGAAUGUUUGAAAAUAUAAAAAUGGGAUAUUUUUGUCAAUGAAGAAACAGAGGGGGUUGUUGAGGCUGGUUUUAAAAUUGAUAUUUUUCUAAAAUAACAAAAUUAUUAUAAUAAACUACCGUACUUAACCAUUCCCUCAAUAUGACGCACAUUAUCACUGCCUGUGCUCAUGUUUUAUAUAUAAAGCACAUUAUUCAGGAUAACUAUAUCUAACACGUGAUACGGCAUGUAUUGCAGCUCAUCAGUAUGAUGAAAUUAUUGAGGUGGUGCUAUUGCCUUUGCCUGUUUGUUUUUCUCUGUGAGGUCAGUCCCAAUGCCUACACCGCCAAAGCUUAAUGUCACCACUUAGUCCCCUUCGGACCCAAAAUGAGGAAACUAAUAUGAAUUGAAUGUCAAAAUACAUAUUAAAGUAUUAAUGAUGCAAAUCAUUUUUAAUUUAAUGUUUUUGUUGAGAAGUCUGUUAGAGUCUAGUGUGCAUUCUUGUUCAAUAAAGUAGUUAUGUAUUUCAAUCAACAGACAUUUUUGGAGAGCUUUUUGAGAGUUGCUCUCUUUAAAAAUAUUCACCUCAUAGUAGUUAUUGUUGAAAUAUCAAUGGAGGUGUGAUAGGGAAAAAAAUAUGUUUGGCUUAUCAUUAGAUGGGCUAAAGUCUUAGUUGUGAAUUCAAAAGAGGGCCCCUCCAAAAUAACUAACGUGCCAGGCUUCGACUGGUAAGACAAGGGACAGUCCUCAUACGCCCUUUUUGAAUGACGAACGUCAUUGCCUUUUCAUUUCCUUCCAUGAACCUACCAUGGCAUUGUUGAUGAUGUGUGAAAGGGGUUUAUACUGAUAGGUGGCACGUGUACGGAAUGGUUUUGUGGAGCUACCUGUCGUAAAUCAGAGGAACUUAUCACAGUACAAUCCUGUUCUGGCAGGUUCACUUACAACAAGUCUUAUCAGUGAUUAGGUCCAUGGGUUCUGUUCCAUCAAAAGCGCUCACAGAGUCUCCAGAGUUGGACAAAAACAACAAUCCCAUGGUUCUUUCACUGAACGAGAGCAUGUUUGAAUAUUCAUGCCGAUGAUAUUCUUAUUUCACACCCUAAACAGUGUCGCGUUGAUUUCUUCAAUCCCAACCAUGCAUUCUCUCAGAGAAUGUGAUGUCAUUUUUGUCUUACCUUGGAAACCCGGUUAGGAAGAAGAAUACACACUUAUGUCAGCACUGGACAAAUCAGGAAAUUAGGUCCAGUUCACAUAAGUCUCAUUUUCUAAUCUGUACCAUCUAAGGUGCCCUUUAUAUAGACCACACAGAGAGAGAUAGUGUCUGUCCGCACUGCAGAUGCUUGCUCACUGUCAACCCCCCUUCUCUUCUACCCUUCUCUCAUCUCCGGAAAUGGCAUUUUCUGCAGUGUCCAGGCUGGUGGCCAAUACUGCCUUCACACCACCUCCCUAGUGUGAUUUGUUUAUUCACACCAUCACUGGAGGCCUAGAGACAGAGAGACCGAAAGGUAAAGACAGAGAAAUAGAGAGGAGGAUUGAGGGAGAGAACUGAGAGGAUAAGUCAUUUUGGAAGUUCUUUUUCUAACAAUCCAAGUCGAGAUGGGCCAUGGACACAUGUAGAAAUGAUUAAAUAAACUCAGUAACUUUGUUGUAGCAGUGGACCUGCCUUCAUACAAAUACCUGAUACAAGACUGACUGGAACAGACAAGAGGUCUUUUACCAUUUUUGUGAAUGACAAAUGAUUUAUUUUCCCAUGAGUUGCAAACUUACCAUGUUAUGUAUCGAAAUUGACACUUUGAGAUGCAGCCCUCAUAUCGUCUGAGAUAGACAUGUAGCAAAUCCUCUGAAGAACUUCAUUUACACAGUGCCAGAAAUCUCCUGGCACUCUCUUUCUGCUACGCUAUGUGUCCAGUGUGAUCAUGUAUUGCUGUGAUUUUCAACCCCUGUUAUAAACUGUACCGUGAUCUUUCAUUCACAUAGCCCUGUAUCUAUGUUUGGGCCAAGAGGUCUUGACCUAAUUGAGUGGAGGUUGAGGGGUGGACCUUGAUUAUAAAUAUAAGAAUCUUAAAAGAAAUAUUUCAAAACACUCAAUUUCUUAGCAUUUUCCUUUGAUGCCUUAUUUCUGUUAUUUCCUUCAAUAGAACCUUUGUCUUUUCCUCGAAUGCCUUCUCUAUAAACAAAAUUAUAAUAAUCAGACUGUA